CUCCAGCAAUAGAGACGAUUUUAGUUUUUGGCCAUUUUCUUUGUUACAACAAACUCCUAGAGAAAGAGAAAUCCGAUAUGGCGUAUUUCACCAACUAUUUCAUCCUAUUCUUACUUCUUGCAGCAUUUGUCGGGGCUUUGGACAUUGAGUCUUCUGGAGUGGAGGACACUACUCAUGAUCAAGCCGACAAGACGGUCGUCUCCGGUGAAAGAAAGAUGUCGGGUUCUACAAGAAAAAUGUACACAAGUGCUGAAGUCCUCAAGACUCUCCCCGUGAAAAUGGUGCUGCCAGCUUCUUCAGCGGAUGGUUGCGAUGGGGAGACUUGCUUUUUCGGAAAAUGUUACUAUGAAUUUGGUUGCAAAUGCGAUUGGCCUACAUGUGUCAUGCCAUAGUUAAUAUUUUGCUUUUUUGGUAAAAAAGAAAAUGCAAAUGAAGAAGAGGAAAGUCCGAAAAGAGAGCUAUAUAUAUGUGUGUGUGUGUGUGUGUGUGUGUGUGUGUGUGUGUUUUGUUGGGGCGAUUCUGUUCUUUUCUUUUAGUAAUUUGGUUGGCUCCAAAUCGUGAAAUGGUAAUCUAUGUUUCUACUUCUAUUUUCCUUUUUGGUGUUGUUGCCCAAUUGAAAUAAGUUCGUCGUAGUUGUACGUUGUUUUUCUUUUUUCAUAAAUGCAAGUCAAUUUUGUACUACAAUAUAUAUACCACAUCUUGUCAUUCUCCGUC